GCUUUAUUUCCACGACUCCGAGUGGAAAAUGGAGCGGCGAGGAUCUCUGCGAAGAAAUAGAAGAAUAUCCGCGCACUACGAAAUUAGGGUUUUGGCUUCCCCGCAUAUAUAAUCUCUCCCACUCACUACUUCAGUUCUCCUCUUUUUUUUUUCCGACUGAACGACUCGCUCAGAUCUUUCUUCCUUGCAAAUCCUCUCUUCAAAGGCUUCCGUCGCUUUUCAGGAUCCAUGGCGGUCACCUUCUCAGAUCUCCAUACCGAGGCUGGCCUUAAGGCCCUCGAAACCUUCCUUGCCGGGAAAUCCUACAUCUCCGGGGAUAAGUUCACCAAGGAUGACGUGAAGGUUUAUGCUGCUGUUCAGAGCGUUCCCGGCGCUUCCUUCCCCAAUGCCGGCAAGUGGUACAGCUCUGUAUCUUCAAAGCUUGCUUCAAGCUUCCCUGGAAAGGCUGCUGGUGUUGGAGUUGGUGGCGCUGCCGCCGCCGCCCCUGCUAAAGAGGCUGCUCCUGCUGCUGCUGGAGAUGAUGAUGAUGACUUGGAUCUUUUUGGCGAUGAGACUGAAGAGGAUAAGAAGGCAGCAGAGGAGAGGGAGAAGGCCAAGUCUUCUACCAAGAAGAAAGAGAGUGGAAAGUCAUCUGUUCUGUUGGAUGUGAAGCCUUGGGAUGAUGAGACAGACAUGAAGAAGUUGGAGGAGGCAGUGAGGAGCAUUGAGAUGCCUGGUCUCUUCUGGGGAGCAUCAAAAUUGGUCGCAGUCGGUUAUGGAAUCAAGAAGCUCUCGAUCAUGAUGACCAUAGUGGAUGAUGACGUCUCCGUGGAUACACUCAUUGACGAGUACCUCACAGUUGAGCCCCGCAAUGAAUACAUCCAGAGCUGCGACAUUGCUGCCUUCAACAAAAUCUAAGUUAGUUCUUUGUUUUGUUGUACUUCCCCCUUCUGACUAGUGAUCUCUGCCCGUCGUUGGAGUUGUGGUUUUUCUGCAUUGUGGUCUUUUUUUUCUUUUUAGUUACGAUGGAGGAAACGUAGAUAUGGCCUUAAACUAUGUGCCCUUGUUUGCUUGGUGAAAGGUGAAUGAAAACGUUGAAUUCAGUUUUGGUUGCUUUUGCUGUGGGACUCUUUGACAGACGUCGGUAAGAUAUCAUAUACUAUGAAAUCACCUGGUUUGAGGUUUCUGAAUGCUUCUGCAUGAGCAAUUGCACUGGGAAAGUAAGUAGAAGCUAGUUGCAUGGUAGUUGGCUAGUUGCUUGAGCAAGUGCUAUACAUUAAUGUGGCGAGGGAUGCUGCUCCAGGAACGAUAGAUCAUUAGCUUGUUCACUCUCUUUG